UCGAACAGCCUUGCGAGUCCCGCCUAGUUUCCGUGUCAGACUGAGAAGCGGGGGACCGCGUCUUCCCCUCCACCCCGAGCGCGGCGAGCCCCAGACCCCGGUGGAGCGCAAGAUGUCGGCUCUCGCGGCCUGGUUCUGGAACGAGCGCUUUUGGCUGCCACAGAACGUCACCUGGGCGGACUUGGCGGACACAGAGUCCGGGGAGCAGUACCCACGAGCUGGACACAUCCUGUCCGCCUUCCCCGUAGCACUAGGGAUCUUCGCAGUCAGGCUGUUAUUCGAAAGGUUCAUCGCAAAGCCAUGUGCGCUUCGAUUAGGCAUACAGGGCAGCGGCCCACGCAGAGCACAGCCCAACGCCAUCCUAGAAAAAGUCUUUAUGUCCAUCACAAAGUGUCCCGAUGGAAAGCGGCUGGAAGGACUAUCCAAACAAUUGGACUGGGAUGCGAGGAAGAUACAGAGAUGGUUCAGACAGAGGCGGAAUCAGGAUAAACCCAGCACGCUAACAAAGUUUUGUGAGAGCAUGUGGAGGUUUACGUUUUACCUGUAUAUCUUUUCCUAUGGAAUACGAUUUCUGUGGUCGACGCCUUGGUUCUGGGAUACACGACAGUGUUGGUAUAAUUAUCCUUAUCAGCCGCUCACUCCGGGGCUGUACUACUAUUAUAUCACGGAACUGGCGUUUUACUGGUCCCUAAUGUUCUCCCAGUUUACAGAUAUCAAGCGCAAGGACUUCCUCAUCAUGUUUGUUCACCAUCUGGCCACGGUCGGCCUCAUCUCCUUUUCCUACUUCAAUAACAUGGUGCGUGUUGGGACCCUGGUAAUGUGCCUGCACGAUGCCUCCGAUUUCUUGUUAGAGGCAGCAAAACUGACGAAUUAUGCGAAGUACCAGCGGCUGUGUGACGCGUUUUUUAUGUUCUUCGCAGUGGUAUUCGUGACCACGCGGCUCCUGAUUUAUCCAUUCUGGAUCUUAAACACAACAAUGUUCGAGAGCUGGGAUCUGAUUGGACCGUACCCUUCCUGGUGGCUGUUUAACGGGCUUCUUCUGAUCUUACAAGUUCUUCAUGUUAUUUGGUCAUACCUCAUCAUCCGCAUUGCAUACAAGGCUAUGCUCAGGGGCAAGGUUGGAACUGGAAAAUAUCACCCCUUGUCUGUUUUAAAAGAUGACAGAAGCGAUGUAGAAAGCAGUUCAGAAGAUGAGGAUACCGCACUGAAUGGCACUAAAACGAUCCACAAUAUGUCCAGUAAUGGGGCCAACCGCGUGAAUGGCCACACAGCAAGUGGCCAGUGGGCUGAAGAGUAAGAGUCUGCAGGUGAACCUCCAGGAGACAGGCUGAUGUGUCCUCACAGAACCAGUCCUGAACUCUUACACCCAGUUAAGCUGCCCCUGGAGGGUAAAGCACUUUGGAUACUUUAAAUCGGUGACCAUGAGAUUGCAUCGCAGUCUGUACUUUAUAUCGGCUGCACGGAGUCUGGAUUAGUACCAACUGUUUUUUCCGAUGCAGUCUGCCCUCCAUGCACGCUCUGCAAACUCAAUAUUUCUGAUAAAUCUGCACAUUUUUUCAGACUGUGUGCUGACAAUCCCUCACAACAGUUCACUCACUCUGCGAAACAGACUGUGCGUGCGAUAUAUAUGGCAGGGGGGGUUACAAUAGGUGGGAGCAGAAUCUGCUAACAUGCAAGGUGACGUGAUAGUUGGUCACAAAGCAACCAUCAAGUCUUUGUGCUCAGUUCAUGUGAAAAGAGCGACCACCGAAUUGGCCACUGAUGCUUUCCCACAGCUGUGUCAGGUACAGUGGGUGGCAUUGGCCCGUCAUGUUGAAAAUCUGAUCUGAUGUGUGCGCCUUAACGUGUAAUAUUUUAUAUCAUUGUUUACUUCAGUCUGUGAAAAAAAUUAAAAAAAACAAAAAGAAAA